UCAACGAAGAAGAAAAAAACCCUUUCUCCCCUCCCUAGCAGCUUUAUUAUUAACCUCCACACGGGGUCGUUUAGGUUACUUUUUUAAAAUUUAUUUAACAAACACCUUUAUGAAAAUGUCUCCGCUGCUGCUCAGGGCCUUCGUGAACGAGCGGCUCACGGCGGUGCUCGGAGAAAUCCUGGAGGUUUUCGAAGGAGCGAUCGCCAAAUACGAAGAAGAAGCGUCCAACUCCAAGCAGGAGAUCGAUCGGCUACAAGCUUUGCUGCUGGAGCUGCAGAGUCAGAGGACAGACGUUCCUCAGACCAAAGACCAAACGCCUUGCGAGUCCCGGCUCCGUGAGGGAGCCCAGUGGAUUCCGGAGCUUCACCACAUUAAAGAGGAAGACCAGGACGAGCUCUGGGCUGCUGAUCAGGAGGAGCAACACCAGCCAGGCGUCAAUGAAGAUGCCUUAAAUCUUCCUCAAGCUUCUGUCGGGGAGGAGCUUGAGCAGGAAGAUGCAAAACCACCCAGGCAUUGUUGGAUUCAAAACUCCGAACCCGACGAGUUUCAGGAGCCCCAGGAAGUGAAGUCGGCAGAGGUCAAACCUCCUCCACAAGAUGACGCUGCGGCCGUUUUUCCACCCGACCUAACGGAACAGGGCCAGUCUAGCUUCGUCUCGCCUAGAGACUCGGAUUCAUCCCACCUGAACUCACCCGGAGCCGACUACCGGUGCUCUUUGUGCGGCGACUCCUUCCCCUCCAGCCACCUCCUGAUGAACCACGCCUUCCAAGCCCACUCCAGAGACGUCGGCGUCCUGUGCGCCGUGUGCGGCGGGACCUUCGAGUCCGCCGAGAGCCUCGACGUGCACCGCAGGUCCCACGAGAACUCCAAGUGCUGCCCCCUGUGCGGAAAGCUGUUCAGGAGCACGACCUCGCUGAAGGAGCACUUGGCGGGCCACGCGGGGCUGAAGCUGCACCGCUGCCACGUCUGCGGCAAAGAGUGCCGACGCAAGGGGGACCUGAAGAUCCACAUGAGGAUCCACACGGGCGAGAAGCCCUUCCGCUGCUCGCUGUGCUGCAAGAGCUUCACCCACAGCGGCCACCUGAAGAAGCACAUGAGGAGCCACACGGGAGAGAGACCGUACAGGUGUGACGUCUGUGGGAGGGGCUUCCUGCAGAGCGGCCACCUCAAAUCCCACCUGGGCACCCACGCUCAGAAAAAGUGAAGGGCGAGUGUUUUAUGAAGAGAAUGACUUUAUAGAAGGAGCAACUGGUUGACAAUUUAAGUUUGUUUUUGUACAGUUAUAAAGAUAUUUAUAUUUGCUGAUUUUUUAAAAAUGCAUAUAGAAAGUUAACGUUGUAUUUAAUUUAUCUUAAUUAUUUCAGUUCAAAUACAAAGUUUCUGAAAUUCCUUUUAAGUCAUCAGAAUAGCCAGUUACGUUUAAUAAUAAGCCCGGAUGAUAUGAAAAGUCCUUAGCAAAACAAAGAGACCUUAUUUUUUAUUCUUAUUUAACGAGUUUUGUUUAUUUAAGGGUCCCUGUUAGUAUUUAUCAUAGUGGAGUCUAUUCUUCCGGGAGUUCACACCACAAACAUGACAAUAAAAUCAUACUUUUACAAACAUUACAAAAAAGGCAUAAUGAAAUUCUUCGAGAUACAAACAAAAUCAAAAUACAAAAUUCAAAUCAACCGUCUCAACAAUUGUAACAUUUAACAAACAUUACAAAAGGACGUCUGGGAAAAUCUUAAAA